AUGUCGUCAGAUAUCGCCCGUGCCACUGAAGAAAUAUCAACAGCAGGUUUCUCGGUGCACCAAGAUGCGCGUAUUGGUGCUCUAGUUCAAGACAUUAUUAACAUAAGGUAUAAUUUCUACUCGGAGGAGGGACGCAGCCUUUUUAGGGGAGUACUGCAAAAUGAUCUCGUUUCCAACGUUAUCAAACCACUGCUGCGGGAACCGACCUUUAUAUUCUGUCGAGUAUUCGGCAAAACUCGGUCUAAGCAUUGUAUCGUGAACCGAAAAGACGACGCACGAAUGCGAACUGUGACCGUUUUCUGCUGGUCGAGUGAAUCUAAGGCUGCUUUCUACUCUGGUUCACAUCUUCACCAUCUGGGAGCAACGGAGGCACCAAACACACUAUUGAGAGUAUCCGAUAACGCCCUGCAGCAUGACGACAUAAAUAUGCGCUCUCAUGACAUAGAUGCUGGCGGUUUAGCGUUAGUUGAUGCCCGAUGCGCUUGGCAGAUAACGAAUGGAAUAUGUAUAAUGAUCGGAAUUGCUUGCGGCGAUGAAGCACCAUUUUGGAAACCAAUGCCUUUCCCAUCUACAAUGCAGGAUGACAUAACAAACAUGAUGGCUGGAACGAUUUUCGCAAUCAGAGCAAGAUUUAAUCGAGCAAUCAAGACCCCAAACCAUAUUAUUACUGCCGCGGUAGAAGAAGAGGAAGCGAAAACAAGACCUCGAGCCAACGACCGAGCCGACAACAUCACCAGUGAUCAGGGUGCUCUUACGCCGAACCUAGACGAUUGA